CCCCCUGCAACGUCCAAUAUAACCUGAAGCACCGUUUCCCAAAAUAAGAUGAGUGUAGGACUAUUAUAUGGAUGACGUUGUACUCACGGCACCACCACAAGGCCAGCAGGUGUCUGGUAUGGAAGGCCCCAUCUAUGAAGGGCAACCGACACUCUGUAUCACCACGACAAGAUCCUAAAGCGAAUCUCCUGACCUUCUGUUGCCUUAAUUUGGCCCAUUGUUGAGGAGGAAUUGUUCCCAUCGCUGUUCCUACUGCACCCAACAAUAAGGGGGAGGGAUUAGGAUCCAGAUGAGAGCGAUAGACCAUAGACUAGAAUGGAGGGCAGAGGGUGCGAUGAGGCCAAACACAACUGUUCAAAGGGCAAGACGGACCGUCCCGGCAUAGAGUAAGAAUGAGGGCACUCGAAAUGACGAGAGGACAAUGACCGAUCUCUACAAAGGACGUCACAUGACAAUGUAAUAAAGGUCUCUACUUUAUAGUUUAAAACAAUAAUAAAAUUUAUCUUUAUCCCAACAGGAAAUCCCAGUAAGAAUUCUGAGGGAAACGUCAUGUUAUCUGUGAAUUAUAAAGGAGAAGAUGGAGAGAUCAUGGAGCGCUGCUCAGGAGAAGAUGGAGAGAUCAUGGAGCGCUCCUCAGGACAAGAUGGAGAGAUCAUGGAGCGCUCCUCAGGAGAAGAUGGAGAGAUCAUGGAGCGCUCCUCAGGAGAAGACCUCCUUACCCCUAAUGUCCAUCCAGAUCUAUCCUAUAAUAAUCCACCUGAUCAUGAGGAACCUUCUCCUGAACAACCGCACAUUGUUACCAAGAGGUCAGGUCAGAAACAGGGCAAAAAAUUUAAAUGUGAUGAAUGUGGGAAACGCUUUUCAUCACGUUCAAGUUUUCUUGCACAUAGAAGAAAUCACACAGGAGAAAAGCCAUAUUCGUGUUCAGAAUGUGGGAAAUGCUUUACAAACAAAUCAUAUCUUUCUAGACAUGAGAAAAAUCACACAGGAGAGAAGCCGUAUUCAUGUUCACAAUGUGGCACAUCGUUUACCAAAAAAUCCUCACUAAUUAGACAUGAGAAAAUUCACACAGGAGAAAAGCCAUAUUCGUGUUCAGAAUGUGGGAAAUGUUUUAUACAAAAAUCAGAGCUUGUGAUACAUGAGAGAAGUCACACAGGAGAGAAGCCAUAUUCAUGUUCAGAAUGUGGAAACUUUUUUAUACAGAGACGAAAUCUUGUCAGACAUAUGAGAAUUCACAAAGCAAGCAAAAAGUUUAAAUGUGAUGAAUGUGGAAAAUUUUUUAUAGCCAGCUCAUAUCUUCUUACACACCAAAAAAUUCACGCAGGGGUGAAGCCAUACUCGUGUUCAGAAUGUGGGAACUGCUUUAUGCGAAAAUCAGAGCUUGUGUUACAUUUGAGAACUCACACGGGAGAGAAGCCGUAUGCAUGUCCAGAUUGUGGGAAAUGUUUCAUACGAAAAUCGCAUCUUGUGUUACAUGAGAGAACUCACACAGGAGAGAAGCCGUAUACAUGUUCAGAAUGUGGGAAAUGUUUUACACAAAAAUCAAGUCUUAAACAACACGAGAAAAUUCACACAGGAGCAAAGCCGUAUUCAUGUUCAGAAUGUGGGAGAUGUUUUACUCUAAAAGCAACUCUUGUUCAACACGAAAAAAAUUCACAUUUGAGAGGCCAUUUUAACCCAUUGAUGACUUAUGCUACACCCUCUUCCAAUAUUUUCUUAAAUUCCAUUUGGUACGUUUUAGUAGGGUCAUUUCUUAAUUUACGGGGUGCAUAUUUAACCGCAAUAAGCAAUUUAAAUUAUAUCUACACAUCAAAAUCCGAGAUAUUUAGGACCCAGCUGGCUAUGUACAAAGAGCACAAGGAUUUUGCCAGCGUGGAACAAGCAGCAUUGGAGAAACUAGAUAGUGUGGAAAACUCCAUAAUGGACAUUAAAAAGAGUAAAUUCCAAAGAGACAUUUUGGAUUACAACAAAGACCAAGUAUUCUCGUGGCAUCUCAAUAAAGGGGACAAUCCAGACACACCGCGCUCUAUUUUACGCACACCACGAUCCAGAUCCAAACGCAGAAAUCAUCCAAGGUCUCGAUCUGCAAGGAAAGUGAGCUUUUCAGACCCUGAAAGUUCCCAAGAGGAAAACACAGGUGCACAAUACUCAUCAGUACAACAACAGAAAAAGAAAUUAACAUCGAUUGCCGCACCAUCCAAAGAACUUGGAGCUAUUCCAAAAAACCGUCUGGAUGUUAAUAAAUUGGCAAGAGGACUCACUCUCAAAAGACAUUUUCAUAAGGGGGUUAUGAGUCAUGAGGAGGGAGAAUCCUCAGGUACAGUGGUGGAAGGAUCAGUAGCGAACGAUGGUGAUGAAAUUAAUGUUAAUGUUACUAAUUUCAAGGAUCAGAAUGUAUUAUUACAGCUUACCUGUUUGCAGAAAGAAAAUGCAGUUGUCGAUGAUAGUAGGAAUAAUAACUACCGCUCGGCCAACCCUGGUUUCUAUCCUGUUGCCUCCCGUUCGGAGGCGCUGGAUAGAUUCCAGGAGUUGGUCGAGCGGGACCUAGUGAAACUCAAUGAACAGGUGUCUCGGAAUAAUGCUUAUGACAAUUUAAAUAAAAAUGAACGUAUAGCAUUGAAGGAAUUAUCUGAGAAUAAAUCUAUUGUAAUUCGUAAUGCUGAUAAAGGUGGAAAUAUUAUUGUUCUGGAUUCAGGGUUAUACAAACAACUUAAUGAGGAUAUGUUAUUAGACACAUCAACUUACCGUAAAUUAAGAAAUGACCCUACUAAAAUGUACCAAAUGGAAUUUAAGAAAAUAUUGGAAGAGGGUGUAGCACUGGGGGCAAUUAACAAAAAACUGGAAGAAUACCUAUUUGUAGAGAAUCCAGUUACUCCAGUGUUCCACUCACUCCCCAAGAUCGUAGAGUCGAUCGCACUGGUGCAGCGAAUCCCGGCUCCCCUGGACUUAAUGCCUGGAGUGCUGCGCUGUCUCUUACGGAGGGACUUCUAUGCUGAGCUAUAUACAUCCCACUUGUCGGUUGUGCCAGAAGAUUUGGUGCCCUUUUUGAAGGGAUUGCCUCUUGCACCCUUGACUGCUGCUCAGGCAGCUGCUUUAGACGCCCCUUUCUCUGAUGAGGAAGUUUCUAUGGCUAUUGCUUCUCUGCAAACAGGGAAAACUCCAGGGUUGGAUGGAUUGAUUGGUGAUUGGUACAGGGCGAACGAGGAGCGGCUGAUACCUAUUCUUCAGAACUUGUUUAGAGCGGCUACGGAAACUGGGAGACUCCCUGAUUCCAUGAGAGAGGCCCUUAUUGUAGUUCUUCCUAAACCAGGGAAGGAUCUGACGUUGCCUCAUUCUUACAGACCUAUUUCCCUCCUAAAUAUAGACAUCAAACUUUUGGCUAAAAUAUUGGCUAAUAGGUUGCGAGGGGUUAUAGCCGCUAUCGUUCAUCCUGACCGGUUUUAUGCCAGGAAAUUUUUUGUGAAGCUGAGUGGCACCCUGAGAUCCUUUUAUUGGCAGGAUAGACCACCGCAAUUGGGUCAGGCGUUACUUCAGGCACCUAAACAGUGGGGCGGCUUAGCUGCUCCUAACAUGUACGAUUAUUUUUUUUUAGCAUCUCAAUUGGUUUAUGCUGCCUGGUGGAUCAACCUGGAUCUGGCGAAGGCAUCUACUGCCCUUGCGGGAGCUUUGAUGGGUUCAUAUGAAACUUUGACCAAUGGUGCCCAAUUUCGGGACUUCCAGCUGAGACAUGCGGUGGUGGCACAAUUUGGCUCCCUUUAUGUGACUCCAGCUUUUUUGGAAGUGGAGCUGCAUCUGGGCACCGCUGACCUUCCCAAACCUCUGACUCAGGCUUAUGCAUUACUUCAAUCUGUGGGCCCUGAUCUGUUUGAUUUGGCUUUUGUGAAGUGGGUCGCGGAUAUUUCUGAUCUGCCUGAGGACCAGUGGAGGGAAGUUACUAGGACAUACUAUCCUACGGCAGUCAGUGCUAGGGACAUGCUCAUUCAAACCAUAGUGAAGAAGACAUGGGGGGAGUGUGUGGCCCCCAGCAGCCAUCUCCAAGAGUCAGGAGGACGGAGCAGUGCCCGGGGCCCCAUCAUGGAGCCUCCACCUCACUCACUGAUACAUGAGGAGAAGAUCCUAGAACUCACCCACAGGAUCACUGAGCUGCUGACUGGAGAGGUUCCUAUAAGGUGUCAGGAUGUGGCGGUCUAUUUCUCCAUGGAGGAGUGGGAGUAUGUAGAAGGACACAAGGAUCUGUACCAGGACAUAGUCAUGAUGGAGGAUCACCGGCCCCUCACAUCACAAGAUGGAGUCAUUGAUAGAAAUCCACCCGAGAGGUGUCCCCGCCCUCUGUAUUCCCAGGACUGUCCAGAGGGAAAUGUCCAAGAGAAGCAUCAGGGGGGAGAUCUGACUAAUAAUAAAGUGGAGGAUGAAGAAGAGAGGAUGAGGGGCCAUCACCCGUGUAUGAGGGAAGUGAAGGAGGAAAUUCCAGGAGGUGUUACCCCAGGAAAUCCAAGUGAAAACAUAGAAGACGUCAUGUUAUCUGUUAAUAAUAAAGGAGAAGAUGGAGAGAUCAUGGAGCGCUCCUCAGGACAAGAUGGAGAGAUCAUGGAGCGCUCCUCAGGAGAAGAUGGAGAGAUCAUGGAGCGCUCCUCAGGAGAAGAUGGAGAGAUCAUGGAGCGCCCCUCAGGAGAAGAUGGAGAGAUCAUGGAGCGCUCCUCAGGAGAAGAUGGAGAGAUCAUGGAGCGCUCCUCAGGACAAGAUGGAGAGAUCAUGGAGCGCUCCUCAGGACAAGAUGGAGAGAUCAUGGAGCGCGUCUCAGGAGGAGAUGGAGGGAUCAUGGAGCGCUCCUCAGGAGAAGACCUCCUUACCCCUAAUGUCCAUCCAGAUCUAUCAUAUAAAAAUCCCCCUGAUCAUGAGGAAUCUUCUACUGACCAACUACACAUUGUUACCAUAGAGACAGAUCAUAGAGGGGGCAAAAGGUUUCAAUGUGAUGAAUGUGGGAAACAAUUUACAGCAAGCUCAAGUCUUCUUACGCACAGAAGAAUUCACACAGGGGAGAAGCCUUAUUCAUGUUCAGAAUGUGGGAAAUGUUUUACAAAAAAAUCUACACUUGUUAGACAUGAGAAAAUUCACACAGGAGAGAAGCCAUUUUCAUGUUCAGAAUGUGGAAAAUGUUUCAUAGAAAACUCAGAGCUUGUGGUACAUUGGAGAAUUCACACUGGGGAGAAGCCAUAUUCAUGUUUAGAAUGUGGGAAAUGUUUUAAACAAAAAUCAGAGCUUGUGUCACAUGAGAAAAUUCACACAGGGGAAAAUAUUUAUUCAUGUUCAGAAUGUGGGAAAUGUUUUAAACAGAAACGAAAUUUUGUCAUACAUGAGAGAAUUCACAAAGGAGGCGAAAAGUUUAAAUGUGAUGAAUGUGGAAAAGAGUUUACAGCAAGAUCCAGACUUCUUAAACACAGAAAAAUUCACGCAGGGGUAAAGCCAUAUUCAUGUUCAGAGUGUGGGAAAUGUUUUUCACAGAAAUGUCAGCUUGCAUUACAUGAGAGAACUCACACAGGAGAGAAACCGUAUUCAUGUUCAGAAUGUGGAAAAUGCUAUAUACAAAAAUCACAACUUUUGUUACAUGUGAGAAUUCACACAGGAGAGAAGCCGUAUUCAUGUUCAGAAUGUAGGAAAUGCUUUAAACAAAAAUCCGUUCUUGUACGACAUGAGAGAAUUCACACAGGAGUGAAGCCGUAUUCAUGCUCAGAAUGUGGGAAAUGUUUUAUAACUAAAGAUAAACAAAGAAUUCAUGAGAAAACUCACACAAGAGAGAGGCCUCUAUGAUGUUCUGCAUGCGGAAAAUGUUUUACAUGGGAAAUCGGAUUUGGAAAUUCACAGAGACUAGAAACCCCGGCCCCAUUACUAUCCCUGAUGGGCCUGAAUUGUGGCAGAACAUGCACCAGAAUAAUGUUUUGUAGAAUUAAUUACAGAUUCAUUUUUAUGUUUAUACCGGGAAGAGUAGUUCCCUGCCCCCCACACCUUGUUUUUGGUUCAUUACUGUUCUCUGUAUGGGGAGGUGGAGCAGUUUUGUUCUUAAGUGUUUUUAUUUUAUAUUGUUUGUUAUCUUUGUAUUUUCCUGCUUUUUUUCUUUAGUACAUGAGCUACUCACAAAACUUUUUAGUUACAUACCCCAAAAGGGGCGUGGCAUUGAUUUGACUAUCUUUAUGCCACUCAAGCAAACAAAACCAACAUGGAAUUGGUGUAAAAGUGGCAUUUAUGUGCAACCGGGGUCAAAUCCUGUUAACCCCUCAAGGACCCGGGGUUUUUCCGUUUUUGCAUUUUCGUUUUUCCCUUCUUACCUUUAAAAAAUCAUAACUCUUUUUUCAAUUUUGCACCUAAAAUUCCAUAUGAUGCUUAUUUUUUGCGCCACCAAUUCUACUUUGCAGGGACAUCAGUCAUUUUACCCAAAAAUGUACGGCGAAACGGAAAAAAAAAAUCAUUGUGAGACAAAAUUGAAAAAAAAACCCGCCAUUUUGUAACUUUUGGGGGCUUCCGUUUCUACGCAGUAUAUUUUUCGGUAAAAAUGACACCUGCUCUUUAUUCUGUAGGUCCAUACGAUUAUAAUGAUCCCCGACUUAUAUAGGUUUGAAAAAGUCAUAACUACAUGCAGGAAAAACUGAGCAGUCAUUCGGCAGUCGGACACCAGGAGGCAGGUAGGAGACCCUCCUCGUGUCCUGCAGCUGUUCGGGAUGCCGCGAUUACGCCGCGGCGAUCCCGAACUGCUCCCUGAGCUAACCGGCAUGGUUUCACUUUCACUUUAGACGCAGCGUUCCACUUUGAACACCCCGUCUAAAGGGUUAAUAGCACGCGGCAGCGCGAUCAAUGCCGCACGCUAUUAGCCACAGGUCCCACGCCGUGGCCCCGCAUUAUAGAUCGGGAGCGGACGCGUUAUAGAUCCGGUGCGGACUCAUGACAUACCGGUACGUCAUGGGUCCUUAAGGGGUUAAAUGGGUACUCCAGGAAAAACUUUUUUUUUUUUUUAUA